AAAAAGUUAGAAAAAUGAGGAUUAAAAGAAGGCCAAUGGUGGUGGUGGAGGCCAUGGCGCCAACUUCUGGAAUACUUCUGGCAACAAGAGUCAGCUGUGGCGUCUGGGGAAUGUAAUAUUCUCUCAACUCGUCUUUCCUUCGUUUUUCCUCCACAGAAGCCGAAUAUCCGGUUUAUUAUACAUGAUGAAGAUUUCCGUCGACCAAUCGUGAAUAGAUCUCUUGGAUUUUCUGUAAUUGUUUGAACUUUGAAGAAGGCUUGGGCAAAAACCAAAAUUAUUUAAAAAAAAAAAAAAACCUUUUCUUUCUUGUGCUGAUAAUCUACGCAAGCCUUCUGGAAUCUGUACAAAGAUAAAUAGGAAUGGCGACUAGCAUUGCUUCGGGUAGCGGCCAACUGCAUUUCAGUGAGGCUGCAUACAAGGGUCACAACUGUAAACAAGUUUAUCAUUUUUCUAGUGUAACCAUCCAGAGCAGCAUACAAAAAGAACCAUCUUGGUCGUCUCGUGGUGUAUCCAAAUUAUUAAGGCUUCAGAGACAUAAUGGUUCGUAUUCUCAAGCUUAUGUGAACCGGAAGUCCCACAGAACAUCAAUUGCAUCAUGCCUUAGGAAUGGUUCUACCAAGUAUUUUGACUUUGCUGUUAUUGGUAGUGGAGUUGCCGGCCUUCGUUAUGCUCUUGAGGUUGCAAAACAUGGAAGCGUUGCAGUGAUAACGAAAGCUGAGCCCCAUGAGAGUAACACUAACUAUGCACAGGGUGGUGUAAGUGCUGUACUAUGCCCUAAAGAUUCAGUGGAGAGCCAUAUGCAAGAUACAAUUGUGGCCGGUGCUUACCUCAGUGAUGAGGAGACAGUGAGAGUUGUAUGUACUGAAGGACCUGAAAGAAUCAGAGAAUUGAUAGCCAUGGGUGCUUCGUUUGAUCACGGGGAGGAUGGGAACUUGCACCUGGCAAGGGAAGGAGGGCAUUCUCAUCGCAGAAUUGUGCAUGCAGCAGAUAUGACAGGCCGGGAAAUUGAAAGGGCAUUGUUGGAGGCAGUCAAAAAGGAUCCUAACAUAUAUGUCUUUGAGCACCAUUUUGCAAUAGAUUUGCUUACAUCUCAGGAUGGUUCUGACACUAUUUGUCAUGGAGUUGACACCUUGAUCACUGAAACCUUAGAGGUAGUAAGAUUCAUUUCAAAGGUAACUCUGGUUGCAUCAGGCGGAGCUGGGCAUAUAUAUCCAUCAACCACUAAUCCUCUGGUUGCCACUGGAGAUGGAAUUGCUAUGGCUCACCGAGCUCAGGCUGUUAUUUCUAACAUGGAGUUUGUGCAAUUUCACCCAACUGCCUUAGCUGAUGAAGGCCUCCCCAUCAGACCAACCAUUGCCCGCGAAAAUUCCUUUCUGAUUACUGAAGCCGUGAGGGGUGAUGGAGGCAUUCUUUAUAACUUGGACAUGGAGAGGUUCAUGCCCUUGUAUGAUGAGAGAGCAGAGCUCGCGCCAAGGGAUGUGGUAGCAAGAAGCAUAGACGACCAGCUCAAAAAGCGGAACGAGAAGUAUGUUCUUCUGGACAUAAGUCACCGAGGCAAAGAAAAAAUUCUCUCACAUUUCCCAAACAUAGCUGCUGAGUGUCUCCGGUAUGGGGUGGACAUAACCCGGGAACCAAUCCCAGUGGUGCCCGCGGCUCAUUACAUGUGUGGGGGGGUUCGGGCCGGGCUACAAGGGGAGACUAAUGUGCAAGGCCUUUAUGUAGCAGGCGAGGUUGCCUGCACAGGCUUGCACGGUGCAAACCGGCUUGCCAGUAACUCAUUACUCGAGGCUCUGGUUUUUGCAAGAAGAGCUGUCCAGCCUUCAAUUGACCACAUGACAGGCUCCAGAAUUGACCAUGGCGAUUCGGGCUGGUGGCCACGACCUGUAGUCCCGACAUCACUAGACGAUUUAACACUUCACAAAAUCAUCCUAAAGACAAAGGAAGUGAGGAAAGAGCUGCAAUCUAUGAUGUGGGAAUGCGUUGGAAUCGUGAGGUCAACAACGAGGCUAGAAACCGCAGAGAAGAGGAUUGGAGAGCUGGAAGUGGAGUGGGAAACCUACUUGUUUCAGCAGGGUUGGGAAGCAACCAUGGUGGGACUGGAAGCCUGUGAAAUGAGGAACCUCUUCUGCUGUGCCAAACUUGUGGUGAGUAGUGCUCUGUCAAGGCACGAGAGCCGUGGGCUUCACUACACCAUUGAUUUCCCCCAUGUUGAAGAGAGCUUGAGGUUACCAACCAUCAUUCUUCCUUCUUCACCAUUGAACAACACUUGGAGCUCUCGGCAACUGCACAAACAAGCAAUGUGUUAGCGUGCGUGCCUGGGCUUAUCUAUCAUUGCUUUUCAUGCCCAAGUUUUCAGCAUGAUUAUGAGCUACAUUAGGUUCUAUCUAAUUUAAGUUUCAGACUUCACAAACAAGAUUGAAGUUUCUUCUGUAGUGCACUACUAUACUCUUGCUUUGUUGCCUUUCAUGAGACCAUAAGUUGGUCUUCUAUUUUUCCA